AAACCCCACCCUUCUUCUCACAAACCACACAACACACCUCUCAUAAAUUUUAAUUUUGAUAUUUUCUUUAUUUUGUUUUUAUGAUUAAACUCUGCUAACAUGGCAACUGGAAGCAGGGAUAUGGAUCGGAUCAAGGGCCCAUGGAGCCCGGAGGAGGACGAGGCGCUGCAGAGACUGGUGCAGGCUCUUGGGCCGAGAAACUGGACGAUGAUAAGCAAGUCUAUUCCUGGUCGAUCCGGCAAAUCAUGCCGGCUACGGUGGUGCAACCAGCUCUCACCGGAAGUGGAGCACCGCCCUUUCACGCCGGAAGAGGACGAUGCUAUUGUCAGGGCGCACAGUAGGUUCGGUAACAAGUGGGCCACCAUAGCACGUCUACUCAAUGGCCGCACCGAUAACGCCGUCAAAAACCACUGGAACUCUACUCUCAAGAGAAAAUGCUCCGCCCUUGGUCUCGAUGCAACGGAUCGUCCACCCCUAAAAAGAUCCGCCAGUGUCAGCGCGGGUUAUUUAAACCCAAGCAGUCCAUCUGAGUCCGAUUUAAGCGAUCCGGGCCAGCCGGCUCUGUCGACUCCUUCUGCCUUGGCCUUCUGCAGGCCCAAUCUCAUGGAAACCGCUUCUUCACUCUCCGAUCCAGCCACGUCACUGAGUUUAUGUCUUCCUGGGUUAAGGUCGGAGCUUAUACAGCAGCCAGCAUCGCCGCCGCUCUCUCCACCGCCCCCUCCUCCUCCUUCAGCGGCGGCGACGGUGGAAGAGCGUGGAAAGCAAUUGUUCAACCCGGAGUUUUUGAGGGUGAUGCAAGAAAUGAUAAGGAAGGAAGUGAGGAGCUACAUGUCAGGGAUGGAGGUGAAGAAUGGUUUGAGAAUACAAACGGAAGUCAUUGGAAAAGCAGUGGUGAAGCGCAUGGGAAUCAGCAACAUCAAGUGAAAGUGAAAGUGAAAGAAACGGUGUCGUUUGAAUUAUCAGAACAUGCCAGAGUGAAUCAGAGGGUAGAGAAAAAGAGAAAAGUGAGUGAAAAAGAGAAUUUUAUUUUAUUUUGUAGUUGAAGUAAAUUCUAGUUUCCCUUUGCUUAAGGGUAAAAAUUAGUAAUAAUUUUGGCACUGUACAGAACUUAAAAAGAAAAAAAUGAAAUAGUGCUUUUCUGAUAAAAUAUUUUUGGUGAGAUGAUGAUGAUAAUUGUAUGUGUGGUUGAACAGUGAUGAGUGAUGAGGAGAAUGAAAGAGAAACCUUAAAAAAAUGUGGGAGAGUUGGUGAUGGAGGAGGACAGAAAGGACAGAACCGUUUUUGUCUGUGUCCUUCAAAUUGAAGGAAGAUCAGAAGGGUGGGAUGUAUGAUUGACAGAAGUGGGUCCGGUUGGAAUAUUUUGUUUUGCGGUGGAAACUUGUUGGGGAAGUGAUUGAGUGAUGCCAACCAAAUUCAGGCAUGUGAAAAACACCGCACAUUCCCUCCUAAAUUUCAACUCCACGCUCAUCAUCUAAAUAUCUCACUCUAAUCUCUUUCCAUCAUUUACCAAAGUUUACUUUUUAUCACUUAUUUAAAUAUAUUCGUGUUGUUCAA